AUUUAUGGCUAUCAGUCGUGAUUCGUGUGCGGUUUCGGGCUCCACGAUUCCUUUCGUGUCUGUUAAGCGGACGCCUAUUUUUGUAAUACGUGAUUCACAUGAUAUUCGAGUACAAGAAGAAAAAGAAGAAAAAAGAAGUCGGCCAUUCGUUACGACUGUUGGUCAGCAUGAGCCGUAGGACGUGGCGUUUCUUCUCGACGCAGAUUGGAUGCCAGGGCUGUUUCCUGCAACCUGCAAUCAAGUAACCCGCUCUACCGAUUCGUCGAGUUUAUCAACCCGCGCCUGAUCGCACCAUUUAAAGGAAACGACCGUUCGCGCUCAGCAAUUCACCAUGACCCAAAACAGGUGUGCCGACUACCAAAUUCCUUUGCGGCUGCUCCUUGCGGUGGCGGUCGUUUGCCUGGCGACUGGCAUCGAGUCGCGAGCUCAAUUCAGCAACAUGCGAGUCUUCCGAACGAAUGGCAUGUUCAACAAGGACCACUGGCGUCCGAUGGACAUUUUGAAAUCGUUCAAGAUCAACAAAGAACAGGAAACGGACUCGUCGAGGGCGGCCGAAAUCGUGAGCGCCAGUUCGAUCAAACGCGUGAGCAUGGCGUCGCUUUUGCAACAAUUGAAUCAAGUGAGCAGCGGAAAGAAAGACGUCUUCUUCCCCACUCCGAUCGCAACCAAGCAGGAGGAAAGCAGCAGUCUGUCCAUUCCAGUCACCAUCAUCGAAUCGAAUCACUCCGCCAUAACUCCGGUCGUCAAGGAGAGUACGAUUCGUCGCGUCAAACUUCCAGCCGGAUCCAUUUCUUAUUCGAGGAACGGACCCGCCUCGAACGGACCGUCCAUUUUGCUCAACAUCAACCCUCAUCUUCAACGCUCGACGAAAUUUCCCAGUACCGAGCCACCAACAACCACCGAGCCGGCUACUACUACAACAACAACCGAGCCAUCAACAACGACUGAGCCAUCAACAACGACGACGACGACCGAGCCAUCGACUUCUACGGCCACAGAGCCGUGCGUGACCAAAGUUUACGUCAAAGCCAAACCAAUUGAACAACAAGCGGCUAAACCUUAUGGUAACAAGGCCAAAACGCCCGCUUCGGUCAGAGCCGACAACAUCUUAGCCUCCAGUAAGAAAUUGAGCCAAAUGCCCAACUCGCCCAUCUACUACAUCAAGUUGCCGGCCUCCUCUUUCGUCUCGGGUCGAACUCCGCAUAAGGAAGACGCAGUCCCGUUCGAUUUCUUCAAGCAGUCGCCCAUCUUUGUGGCCACCACCAGACGACCGAGUAAUGGCGGCAACAACGUCGUCGAGGAGAUCAUCACGACCGAGUCCCCAUCGGAGACUUUGUUGUCGACCACGACGAGAUCCCCGCCGCGUACCAAUUCGCGCGUCAUCAACAUCAAGGGACCGUUCGUUUUCAACGGCAAACCGGGCGGCAUCUAUUCGGCUCCAGCUCCGUACAGGCCGCCCAACUAUUUGGAUCUUCUCCAUCAAUUAUACCCGAAACUCAAGAGGGCUCAAUUUAUCAGACGCUGAAAAAGCAUAAUUUUAAAUAAGCGAAUUUUUGAUUCUUAAAAAUUAAAAAUAAAACAUCCCCCCGUAUUUAAUCACCGAUGUUGUCAUGAUUUGUGCCGUGCUAUUUUUCUAAUAAACAAAAUAGAAUGUCAAUCAAUUUUAAUAUAUUUUUUCCCCCUAAAAAGCCACCCCAGCAUCCCCCAGAGUGUUGGAACAUUGGGUUUGUUUGUGCUGUUAUUCGUGGAAUGGUUCUUAUUUAAGCUAUAUUUUCCUUUCCAAAAAAAAUUCGGAUUUUUACUAUUAUUUUUUAAUUUGCAGUGUGUUUUUCAACCUGAAUGUAGUUCUGCUCCCAUGUCGAUGCUGAUUUUUGUGUCUUGGUUUUCCCCCGUUGUUUUUUUUAUAACCUACCGAUUUUGAUCGAUGUGACAAGUGCCGAGAUUAGAAAAUACACUCAUAUCCCCUGCUUUUAGAAAGAAAA